AUGUGGCUCAUUGACGUCGAGACGCUGCAGACUGAAGAGUUCUUUGGCAAAAUCCCUGAGUACGCUAUACUCUCUCAUACAUGGCACGGCACGGAUGAGGUCACUUUCAGGGAGUGGGAACAGCGGGACUCAGCUGCGAUCCAGUCAAAGUCGGGUUACACCAAAAUCCUCAACGCCUGCCAUCAGACACAGAAAGAGGGUCUGAGGUACCUGUGGGUUGACACAAAUUGCAUCAACAAGGAGAGUUCGGCAGAGCUUUCUGAGGCAAUCAACUCCAUGUUCGCCUGGUAUCGAGACGCCCAAGUUUGCUUUGCGUUUCUAGACGAUGUUCAAUUCGGCCCACCAUUUUACUACACCUCCUCUGACCUAUCAGAUGAGAGAACGGGAUUGGAGAUUGAUGACGAAACGGGUUUCAUUUACAGUCGCUGGUUCACCCGUGGUUGGACUCUCCAAGAGCUCCUAGGCCCGACGCGGCUCAUAUUCUUCGACUGCAACUGGAAGUCACUAGGCACCCGCAGUUGGUUGUCUCGACGUAUCUCAACUGCCACAAACAUAGACGAAUUUUAUCUUGCAGACGCCUUUGUCGGAGAUCCUUCCUCUAGAUCGGUGGUGAUAGAAAAGCCCAGUAUAUCGGAAAAGAUGUCAUGGCUAUCCACAAGAAAAACAACGAGAGUCGAGGACUUGGCCUACUGUAUGUUGGGUAUCUUCGACUUGAACAUGCCUCUUCUAUACGGCGAGGGUAUGAAAGCUUUUGCUCGGUUACAAGAAGAGAUCAUCAAAGGUUCCAAUGACCAGACAAUAUUUUGUUGGCCUUGGGAUAAAAAUAUUGUUCCGUUGAACUGGGGCAGCUUGCUUGCGCCUGAGCCAUCACUAUUCAAGGACGGGCGUCUUUAUGGAUCAACAUCGACCGUUCAUUGGUCGCCAUGGUCAAAGACAACAUCGUACGUCAUGACGAACGCCGGUUUACGCAUCAGAUUUCCUACGCUGAGACUGGAGUCGAGUUUGUAUCACUUUGAAGACAAUCCUUCCGCUUGGAGAGGCAACCAAAAGCGUCGUGGACGAUUCCGCCACAAUAGCGCAGAGAUUCCCGAUCCCACCGGACCUAGUCGUCCUCAACGAGCUAGACGCAUUGUCUAA